AUGUGUCAGAAAUUGAAAGAGCUCAAAUGUUCCUUUAAAGCACUUAACAGGCAGCGAUUCUCUCAUAUCUCGGAUAGGGCACAACAAGCUGUUGCAGCCUUGAAGCAGGUUCAGUUGGAUCUUCAUGACAACCCUAGAAAUCUUGAAUUGAGAAGCAAAGUGGAUAAGCUCACAAAGGAGUCCAGAUUCCUAUCUGAGGCGGAGAGGCAAUUUUAUGUUCAAAUUACCAAAUCUACGUAUUUGAUGAACUGUGAUAAGGGUACCGAACUGUUUCAUGCCAUUGCGAAGCGGAACGCUAAACGGAGGUUCAUUGCUACUGUCCAUAAAGCGGAUGGGUCUCUAACCACGUCUCAGUCCCAGGUUGAAGAUGAAUUUAUGGGAUAUUUUAAAGGGUUGUUGGGCAGGGAUUCUCUUUUUGAUGACAUUGACCCAAUGGUGCUUGAUUCUUGUCCGAAGGUUUCUGUUCAACAAGCUCAAAAUCUUAUUAAAAUGGUGUCUAGGCAGGAGAUCAAGGUGGCGUUAGAUGGUAUUGGAGAGGACAAAGCCCCUGGUCUGGACGGUUACACUUCGUGCUUUUUCAAAAAGGCUCGGCACAUUAUUGGUAAUGACUUUUGUGAGGCAGUGGAAGAAUUUUUUCGAUUAUCAUCCUUGUUGAAGCAAGUUAAUCACUCUGCCAUUGCUCUCAUUCCUAAAUCUUCGCAUGUCUCCACGGUGCAAGAUUAUCGGCUCAUUUCAUGUUGUAACGUCACCUAUAAGUGA